AUGAACAGGAAUUUCGUUAAUGUUAUUGUGUCCGAUGAUGGACUCACCGUCACAGACACUGAUGGCGAUGCAUCCAGAUGGCCGGAUACCACGCGGAUCCCAAAUCCUUCCGGCGAAACGAUUUAUUAUCAUCCGAUCGAAAGCAAAAUUGAGUUAUAUUUAACGAAACUCGGAGAAUCGUUGGCUUAUGCGUUGCGAGGAUCCGGUGUGGACGUAAAAAAGCCGGUGUUGACCUCUCUUCCGAAAGGAUACCAAGUGUUCGAGCGAGUCAGGGAAAAUGAAUCUAACGUUGCAAUUAGGAAGGAUACAUAUCUAUUCGGCAGUGAUGUUUGUCCGAAAUUUAAUUCGCCACGCGACUUCGAAGAACAUCUUUUAUGGCUUGCUUCGGAUAAAGUGCUUCCUUGCCGAUGCAAAUAUUGUCGAAAGAAUCAAUCUCGCUCGUCAGUUUCACCCGAGUCAAGCAUUAAAAGAGAACCUUCAUCGAAGAGGUCGAUUAAUUCGAGACAAGAAUUAGUUCAGAUGACCAAAUCCAAAAAGCCAAAAGUGUCCACCAAUGAUAAUAGAUCUAGUCCCGAAAACCUCGACGACAAGGAUCAGAUUUUGGAAAAGCGCACACGUACCUUUCGAAUUGGGGAAAUUGUAUGGGCUGAUGUACGUCAUGUGUUGACCGAAAGUCAAAGAAAUGAACUUGGGUCUAAGACCAUCACAUAUUGGCCAGCUUUCAUUCAAAAUCAUUUUCCAGCCGAACAUGUUCUCGCUGAUGAAUCCCCUGAAGUCGCCAUCCAAUAUAAUUUAAGAAUAAUUUUACUCAAUGACAACGUUCGAUUAAAACAGAAAGCCAUUUUACCAUGGUUGGAGAUCUCCCCCAAAAAUGUCAUCGCCGAAUUUCAGGGUGAUAAACUCUCGGAAUUGACAUCCAAGUUCCUGCGGGCGGUUGAUCAUGCAAAAGCAAUGGCCACCUCUACUGUCGAGCCUUACUAUUCUGAGGAGCGACUACAACCAUUUCGCCAAACAGGCGAAGACAAUGAAGAAAAUAGAGACUCCAAAUUAAAUUCAUGUAUUCGUAUCAAAGGUCUCUUGUAUGGCGCCGAAUUACUAAAAGAAAACGAUUACAUUCGAGUCCUUCAACCACAAAAUACAGAAGAGGCGAACAAGAAUCCGAUCUUUAAAAUCCACAAUAUUUAUUACAAUGAAAGUGCUCAGCGUAUAGAAUUUUCAGGUGAUAUGUAUAUUAGGAUGUACCAAGGUAAAUAUGUGUUAGUAAAGAUUAAUCCAAACGAUGAGGAAUAUCGACUCGGAUUGUCUGAAAUCGCGGGACGGUAUUAUGAAAACUUUCCCACUAUCACGAGAAAUCCAGAGAUAGAUGAAUUUUGGAACGAAAGGCAUCAAAGUAAAAUUUUCAAGGAGAUUUUCGGUGAAGAGGAGAGUUAG